AUGGAGAUCUCCAAGAUGAGCGAUCCCACCGGCAAGGUCUACCGCCCGGUGCACUACAUCGCCGCGGUCUGCGCCGCGAUGUACACCAAGGAAGCGCUGGAGUGGGCCGCUAAGAACGGCGGCGCCACCGGCGACAACGUGGUGAAGGCCUUCUACCAGAAGAAGGACUGGGUGCCGGCCGGGCUAGAAGGCGUCUGCAUUCCCUCGACCUGGACCGACAAGGACCACCGCGGCACCACCACGGUGAACCUGUAUCGCUCGCGCGUAAGUGGCGCAACCGACGGCGACCUCAACGACCUGAUGGCCAAGGGCACGAUCAAGAUCGAGAAGGUCAAGACCGUCGAGCUGCCGCGCAAGGCCGAAUGGCUGGGGUG